UCUUCUCUGAUCUAUCUAUAAAUCUAUUUAUUUAGCAAUAUUAGCCUUUGAGUUUUAAUCUCUAGAAGCUCAUCAAUGGAGCAUAAUACCACACCAGAGAUAGCUAUAAAGAAACUGAGCAACAUGUUACGUCUGAUGAUGAAGCGUGGCAAGAUCCUAGGCAAGUCGGUAAACGACUUCAUGCUCCGGCACAACACCACCCUCGACUCAGUCCGGUGCCGCUCGCUCGACGACGUGCACGCUUCAUUUGUCUACCCCCUGGAGUACGAGUUCAGCUGCAGCAGCAGCCCACCGCACCACCAACGGUCCCGCACUCCCGGCCACCUUAAGCGCAGCAACACCAACUACAACAACGGCCGUUAUUAUCAUCAUCAGCACUCACGGCGGUCUGUUUACGUGCCGAUGAUGUGCGAUGACGUGUUGGGAAGUAAGAACGUGUCCUUCUGCGGAGGUGACGUGGUGGAGCCGCUGCGGCGGAGGCCGAGGGUGAGGAGGGUUAGGAUAACAGAGUGGGAGCCGUUAUUUCCGUUGAACACCAGUGAAGAAGAGGAGGAGGAGUGGCAUGUGGACAAGGCAGCUCAGGAAUUCAUUGACAAUUUUUACAGGGAUUUAAUGUUGCAAAAGUGGAAUACGGUAGCAGAUCGAUGCUAUUAGCUGAUGACGUGAUCGAGGUUAGGGUUUCUACUACGUUGAACUUGCAGAGGGACGCCGUAGUGUAUUUUAACCAUGUAUCCAUCCAUGCAUGAGAAUUUGGAUCCUAGUUUUCACAUUUUAGCUUUUCCUAGUAUGUAAGCUUAAAUUACACGUACAUUAAUGGUCUACUGUGUUAAUUUUCUGCUUACAGUAUUUUACCACUGCUCGCGUACAGUUGUAGAUUAGAAGUAUCAAGAUUUCCUUGCAUGGAAUAUAUAUGAAAUAUUGCAGGAACUCUUGAGAGCAAGUGUUUAAUAUGUUAUCUUAUAUACAAGUGUACCUUUUCCUUUGCCAAUGA